UGAAGUUUGCUUGAUUUGUUUUGACUUUUGAAAAAGUGCUAAAAAUGAAAUAGUAAUGAAUAUUCUUGCCGGUACUAAGUUAAGAUUACUUAUUGUUGUACUUCAAAUUAUAUUUAUGAUCCGAUCUAGCAUAACGAUGAUAACAACUCACUUUAAAUGUCGGGGAGGUUUUUAUCCUCGCAGUAAUAUAGAAAGAUUUCCCGUACCCGAUGAGAAGGUUGGAUGGUCUACCGAAUAUCAGGAUUAUCAUCCUCAUAAUUAUACUGCUGCAUCUAUACAUGGACAACCCUGGGCAGAUCCUAAAAUAGGAGAGCCUGGAUUUAAUCCAAAAUGGAACAGUAUGGAUGGGAAAGUAAACAGAGUAAGCUACAUGGGCCAAUACAUAAUAGAGAAUGGAUAUCCACUGAAUCCUAUAGGAAGGACAGGUAUAAUUGGGCGAGGAGUUCUUGGGAGAUGGGGUCCAAAUCAUGCUGCUGACCCAGUUGUCACUCGCUGGAAGAGGAAUGAAAAUGGUGAAAUUGUAAGGGACAAAUCUAGUAAUAAGCCUAUUCUGCAGUGCGUCAUAGUGAAGAGACGCGACACUGGAGAGUGGGCAUUGCCAGGAGGUAUGGUAGAUCCUGGAGAGAAAGUCUCUGCUACAGCAGUCAGGGAAUUCCAAGAAGAAGCAAUGAACUCUUUAGUUUUAGCUGAAGAUCAAAAGAAGGCUUGGUUUCAAAGGUUUGAAAAAUUCUUUGAAGAGGGAAAUGUGAUUUAUCAAGGCUACAUUGAUGAUCAUCGCAAUACAGACAAUGCGUGGAUGGAAAGUGUAGCCUAUAGUUUCCAUGACAACAGUGGCUCAACUGUUGGUGCAUUAACAUUGCAAGCUGGUGACGACGCUGUUGGAGUGCAGUGGGUGGAUAUAACUCCAGAAAUGACAUUGUAUGCAAGCCACAAACAAGUUGUCAUGGAAGUGUUAAAUAAAUACUUGGCUAAAUUUGACCAAUCAAGCUAAUAUUGUUCCUAUUGAUCAACCUACUUUCCAAAAAGGAGGAUAAACUUACACUUACUUAAACUUGAGUUGUAAUGGGAUACAUGAACACCACAUUUAUACAAAAAGUGUCACACACAUGUUUCAAUCAUCAUGAAGCCAAUAUUAUUAAGUGAUCACAGCUUGGAGCAGCUGAACUUAAUGUUUUUAUGUUUAAGUGGUAUUUUGUACAAUGGAAAUGCAUAAUUUAAUAUUCUAUCAAUAAGGGCAGCAAUGCGAGGAAGAGAAUAAAUAAUAAAACAGUUUUUAUCAAAAAAA